AUGGAAACAUCUCUGAAAGUGGAGAGGCCGCAAAGCGAUGAUGAGGCCCGCCUGGCAGCUCUUGGCCAGGAGCAAGCGAUGAGCCGCCACUUCAACGUUUGGUCCCUGAUAUUUCUCGCCUUCUGCACCAGUGUCACCUGGGAAGCCCUCACCUCGACUAUGGCCCAAUCUCUUCGAGCAGGUGGCAGCUCAAUCCUCGUGUGGGGGUUCGCCGCCUCGGCUAUUGGGGCCAUGGCUAUCGCCCUCUCACUCAGCGAGUUCUCCAGCAUGGUUCCAACCGCCGGUGGGCAAUACCACUAUGUGGCCGCUCUGUCUCCACUCAAAUAUAGACGAUUUUUUUCAUGGAUCGCUGGCUGGGCCACCAUCUGGAGCUGGCUUCUGUCAGCCCUGACGGGUAUCUUCUCCAAUGCCAUGCAGCUACAGGCGUACAUCAUAUUGUUUGCUCCAAAUUACGAGUAUCAGCGAUGGCAUACGAGCUUGCUUGUCAUCGGUAUGACCACCUGCUUUCUCGGGAUCAACGUCCUCGGUACUCGCUGGCUGCAUCGAUUGACCUUCUUGGGUAUCGUGCUACACAUUGCCGGAUACGUCACCAUCAUCGUUUACCUGUUGGUGAAGGUGCACCCUAAGAAUACGGCCUCCUAUGUAUUCUCCGACUUAACUAACCUAAGUGGGUGGAAAAGUGACGGAAUCUCAUGGUCAAUCGGUCUGAUGAGCUCUGCCGUUGCUUUUAUCAACUGGGACUCGGCCACACAUAUGGCCGAGGAGAUGCAAAACGCGUCGAGGGAUCUUCCACGAGUCCUUUACGGCUGUGUUGCUCUCUCCGGUAUCCUUACCUUCCCUUGGGUUAUCGCCCUGGCCUUCUGCAUGACAGACAUCGAGGGCGUAUUGAAUGGGCCGGUUGGCAGAAUAUGUCCGUUGGUGCAGCUCGUGUACAACGUUUCCGGCGGUAGUCAAAGCAUGACCAUCGGAAUCACCUGGUUCUUUCUCUUCCUAGGAUUUUUUAUCGGCGGUCCAGGGUGCAUGGCGGCGUCAUCCCGCGUCAUCUGGUCGUUCGCCCGAGAAGGAGGUCUUCCUGACUGCUUUGCGCGCAUCCACGGCCGCUUUGAGGUUCCCUUCAACGCACUAUUGCUGUCAUGGUUCGGGAUAUCUGCCUUAGCCUUAAUCUACAUCGGCAAUGAGACCGCUUUUUAUGGAAUCGCCUCCGGUGUGACGGUGAUUAUGAUUUUCUCAUAUGCAAUGCCUAUCUUCCUCCGGAUUCUUUACGGAUUUGAGCAUACAAAUCUGCAGCCCGGUCCAUUCACCCUCGGCGCCUGGGGCUUACCAAUUAACGUCUUUGCCGCGUGCUGGUGUAUCUACCUCAUCCUUUUCCUGUGCUUCCCCACUAUUAUCCCUGUCACGCCUGAAAACAUGAACUACGCGCCGCUUAUCUUUGGAGCAAGCAUGUUGAUCGCUGCCGGGACAUGGUGGAUAUACGGUAAUCAGGUUUAUCUCGGUGUUCUUUCCGAGGAGGUUAGCCCUAUCCAUCAGCAGGAGACCGAGGUGGAUGAGCAGAUUGGACAUGAAAAGAAAGCCUAA